GCGCACGUUAAGAGCAACUGUGCAUCCUCCAAUUCCACAUUCCCUUUUCUCGAUAGUCAAAAUUAAUCAGUCUCGCUAGAUUCGCCACCUCUCCUCCUCCAGCUUCGGGUAAUUCUCACCAUUUCUGUCCACCGCGCUUUCAGAUCCAUUGUUUCAGCUGAUUGUUGGAAUUCUAAACGAUGGCUGACGAGGAGCCUGUAGAUCCAAAGAGGGAACUUGAAGACCGUUGCAAGGCACCAUGCACGAGGCCACUUAAAGAAUAUCAGGCCUGUUCUAAGAGAAUUCAAGGUGAUGAAUCGGGACACAAGCACUGUACAGGACAAUAUUUUGAUUACUGGCGCUGUGUCGACAAAUGCGUUGCUACUAAGUUGUUUUCGUAUCUCAAAUAAUAAUGACAAGACCUCGUUGGUAUACAGACCAACUUAAGCUUGUUUCUUUCUUAGAGCCGAUUGUACCCCUUUUGUUGUGCUCUUGACGCUCGAUUCUUUCCAAGAGCUGGUUGUUCCCUUUUUGUUAUGCUCUUGAGUCUUGAUGUUACUAGCUGAACAUGAUGCUUACCCGAUACUGUGAGAUAUGGUUAGCUCUUCGGAUUAAUAAAUGAACUAGAACAGAAUUUUAUAAAAUCCAGCAUGUUAAGAUUAUCA